CGGGAGCGAUUGUACAAGAUUAUCCAUCAACUCGAGAUGAUUAUAUUGCAAUAUUUGUUUUAUUAUCUUUAGUUGGACUAAUAAACAAUAUAUUUUCAUUGACAACGUUCGUACGCGAACGAAUUCGAAUAACUGUAUGGGGAAUUUAUUUAAUUGUCUUUUCUUUACUUAGCAUUGCCUUAAUGCUAACAAUUCUUUCAUAUAUUAUGGUUAUUGUUCGAUAUGAUAAUGAUACAUAUCGAUAG